AUGGGUAAGAGCGCAAGGAACAAGCAGAAGUCCAAGAACCGGCGACCGCCGCAGCUGCAGAACCCGCAAACCAACCCCCGUAGUCAACCGGGUCGAGCGCCGGGAUCCAUCUCGGGGACCGGACCCAGCUCGACCCCUCGGAGGAGCGGCGGCGGGGAUCGUGCCAGCCGGGACCUGAGCUCCGAUGAUAGCUGGCUCCUGGACCCGUCCCCGGCGAUUGGCCCGACGCUCGAGCGUCCCUCGUUCGAAGAUUUCGAUAAGUUGUCGGAGGAGCAAGGUUUAGAGAAUAUACUGCGGAGAGCUUUGGAGAAAAUGUACCUAGAAGCGUUGCAUGGGCUUCUGGAUAUGGGGUAUGAUCAGGAUACCGCGCUGAAGGCGAUCCUCAGGAGCGGGCAUUGUUAUGGGGACGAGGACAUACUGACGAAUAUAGUCAAGAACGCGCUCGCUUACUUGACUGGCGAAUGCCCCAGCAGGAACCCGAUUUUCGAGGCGAAUGGGAUCGUGUUCACGAGCUUGAUGCCUAUGGCGGAGCACUCGUUGCGUUGCAUGGUUCAUGUGCUGCAACAGAUUCACCACAGUAGAAGGUUGGCGUUGUGGUCUCUCGUUUUAGGCAAACUCCAUUUGGGUUCGGCAAUUGCAUUGCCUCCCCCUGAUGGGAAUCCCGACUCUGAUAGUAGUAACAAGAACGGGGUCGAUGAUCAUCUGCCCCCGUGCUGUAGGUUCAACCGUUGUAUGGGGAUUCAGUGGUUAGAAAAUUCAGGGGUUUCCCUGAAUAGGUCAGCUGUUGGCAACGAAGGGAAUAGCCAUCAGCCGAAUGAUGAACACAGUUUGCAAAUAUAUAUCGAGGUCGCAGAUAGGUUUGGUUUGUCACCGGAAAUGAAGUCAAUGCUGAAAAAGAAUGUAGCCAAGGUUGCUGCCGCUGCUCGGACAAACUCGAUGCAUAUGUUGCCCCAGACCCUUAUGCCCUCAAAUGCUUCUUUGAUGGGGGAUGCCGCGGCGGUUUCGCAGCCUGAAGUCUGUGACGAUUCUAGUGUUUUAAGGCAGAAAGAGUGGGUGAACUCUGUGAUGGAUACACUUCGCGGUGAACUUGGAGAUUUAAAUCUUGAGGGGAAUUUGGGUGAUUUGCCAGAAGAUAGAAAGGAUGCCAUUAUUCUGCACAUGCAGAAUAAAAUCAAGGAUCUCGAGAAACAAGUGAAGGAGAGAGAGGCGUGGGCUCGCCAGAAGGCGAUCCAGGCGGAGAAAAGUGUUGACAGUGCUUUAUUGGAACUCGAGACGUUGAGAAAGGAGAUGGCGGAGAGUCGUCACAUACUGAAGAAAGGUAAACCGACUCUUGAUGUGAGCACCGUGAUGAAACUCUCUGAGAAGCAAAGUGAAUUGAAGAAGGUGACUGCCCAAGCGGAGGCUGGUCACGCAGCUAUGAUACAGGUUGAGAAUGAGAAGGCUGAAAUCAAGGCGGAAUUGGAGGCUUUCAACCUAAGCGCAUCGGAAUCUGCAAACACCUAUCUGGAGAUUGCAAAGAGGGAAAAGAAGAACCUGAAGAAACUCUCGGGUUAUGAGAAAGAGAAAGUCAAGCUUCAAGAGGAGAUUGCAGAGGAGAGACAGAAGAUCACUGACUUAAAGCAGCAGUUGGUUGGGAUAGAGCAAGCCUCGAGGGAAGCUGAGAUAAAGUGGAGGCAGGCAGCAGAUGCAAAAGAGCUUGCCAAUGCACAGAUUGAGGAAGAAAAGCGAGCACUGAAAGCAGCGGAGGCUGAUGGUAAGAAAAGGCUAGAAGAUCUGCGCUUAAGAAUAGAGGUAGAGUUGAAGUCGUACAGGGACGAAGUCCUGAGAUUGGAGCAAGAGCUUUCAUCUCUAAAAAUAGCAGCUGGAAACACCGAAGCAACAGCGGAGCUCGAACAGGAUGGUAGAAAAUGCAUAAUCUGCAUCAAAAAUGAAGUCUCUGUUAUCUUCUUGCCAUGUGCCCACGAGGUUGUGUGCGCUGACUGCUGUGACCAACAUGGGUAUAAGGAUAGAGUCUCAUGCCCUAUGUGUCAAGUUCCAAUUGAAGAGGCGGUUCGUGUCUUCAGAGGUAGCUAG